AUGGCACCAUCGUCCUCCACUCCACUUCACCAGCCAGCAGCCGCUGCACUUGUCUCCCGCCGCACCCAGCUCCCGCUGCACACCGCGCAGCUCAGCCCCCACAGGCCCACUUCCGAAGCCAAGAUGGGUCCUCUCGACGUCGAGGCCGGCGGCAACACCAUCAUCAGCGCCGACGCGGUCGUCACCGCGGCCGACAUGGUGGAGGCAACCCACGACGUGGCGAAGCUGCGGCGGGUCCUGGUGGGCGGCGGCGUUGGUAAGGCCGCGGCGGCGCUGUACCUGAUCCUGUUCAGGGCCCCGGCGGGGCUGUUCCUCCUGUCCGGGCCGUUGUUCCGCGCCUACUACUGCGUCUUGGCUGCCAUUGUCCUAGUCGGGGUGGGGGAGGCGUGGACGGGGCUCUGGCUCUCCCACGACGACGACGACGACGACCCUGCUCCUCUGCCACGCCGGCGCGCGGUGGGCGUGGCGGUGCUCUGGGCGUCGCUCCUGCCGCUGGUCCUACUGGCCGCGGUCGGAGGGUUCGCGGUCUUGAAGUGA